AUGCCGAAACCUCGCCCGCAGCCACGGAAGACUCCAAAGGCGAAAUCGACUGAUACCCAGUCCAAAAGGACGCAAAAUACAUCCAUAUCACUCAUUAAGGCUGCACCGACCUCGCUGCAGCAGUUAGUUCUAAAUAUAUUUGCGGAUAGGCUGGCAGUACGCCCUCGCGGUACUGAGCAAGAGACUGGCACCGGCACCACACUAAGAGAGCAGGUUCAAGCUAUCAAGUCGCAUCUCUUCAAUCGUGACUUCGACUCUGCCUUUGCUGAUGCAGAUUCCGGUAUGCUAAGGGCGUACGCUCUGCGCUGGAGUGCUGGGAGAGCGCUCGCUUACACGGGUAUUUUCGAAUAUGCCUUGCGGCGGGCAUUGGAUGGCGGCAAAGGAGGGCCAUCUGCAGGCUCAUCAAGCUGUGCUUCUAUUGAACCUGAAGAUUUACAGAACAAACAUGUCAUUUUUAUUGGUGGUGGAGCAGGAGCAGAGUUAGUAGCACUGGCUGCUGCAGUACGGUGGGCAACCGGCCUCGAUAACCCGACAGAAUCAAACCUGAAUCUCUCUGUUACGGCGCUUGAUGUGGCGGACUGGCAGCCAGUAAUUGACGAACUUUCGCAGGGAUGCAUAUCAGAGUCGGUUUAUAAUAGUAAAAAGUGCGGCAUCACUCUUCCAUUGCUGAAGGCCGGGGAUCUAGCGAUAUCAUUUCAGAAACAAGAUAUCCUGGCCGUUUCAGAGGAGCAGCUAUCUCUUUUACUAUCUCCGCCUACAAAAGAUGUAACAAAUGCGGAUGAGAAGCAAAGGAAAGGCACGGAAGGGCCUACGACGGUCUUGAUAACGCUCAUGUUUACGUUGAAUGAGCUUUUCUCGACCUCUAUGCCUGCCACGGUUGCGUUCCUUCUGGGGUUAACCGAUGUGAUCAAACCCGGGACCAUAUUGUUGGUGGUUGAUAGCCCUGGAAGCUAUUCAACAUUAUCGCUUGGAUCUAAAGGAGCUGGGUCUCAAGAAGAAUCUAGCAAGAAAACGCCCGAGGAGAAGAAACCGGCAAGACAGUAUCCCAUGCGUUUCCUGCUGGACCAUACCUUAUUGACCACAGCCUCUGGCAGCUGGGAGUGUAUUUUAUCCGAAGAAUCCCAAUGGUUCCGACGAGACCGUACGGGGCUAGAGUACAACAUUGGAGAGGGAAUUGGGCUUGAAGAUAUGAGAUAUCAAGUCCACGCCUACCGACGGACCACCACUUUGUAG